UCAGGAUCCCGAUGAUUUUGGAGCAGAAUUUCCGCUUAUUUCUAGGAGUUGAGUGGUGUAUUUCUAAGUGCAGCGCGUGAAUCGAACGUUCCGCGCGUUUUGUUAUUUUGUAACAUUUUAAACUUCGCUGGAUACAUUGUUGCUGCAACGGUUGUUUCCAGCUCAGUGGAAACAAUGUAUCCGAUGGCAGCGGGGGGAUAAAAGAGGGUAGUAUGAAGAUCUUUUGCUCAUGCAUGGCUUGAAUUAGUGGUUGCGGCUCAGUCGAGUCCAUCUAACUGUAAUUUGUGCUGUUGGCCUGUUAGCUUUAGCAGAGUUAGCCGUAGCACAAUAUGAAAGCUCCUUAUUUCCAGCAGCAGGGAGUUGGAGAGAGCGCGUGAACACCAGUCUCAGUGCCAGCUGACAGGCUGAAAGUUUCCUGGGACUCUCUUUCUGGCGAACUGGAUCAAUGAUGGAAUUGCAAACAUUACAGGAGGCCCUGAAAGUGGAAAUACAAGUCCAUCAGAAACUUGUCGCCCAAAUGAAGCAGGAUCCACAGAACGCAGAUCUGAAGAAACAACUUCAUGAGCUGCAAGCGAAAAUCACGGCUCUGAGUGAGAAACAGAAAAAAGUGGUGGAGCAGUUGAGGAAGGAGUUGCUGGUGAAACAGGAGCCUGACUUGAAGCCGCAGACGCUCCCAGCAACCGCAGACGGUAAAACCGUGCUGCUGACGCCCGCCUGUCCCCCUUCACAGCCGCCCACAGGGCCUCCACACAACCAGGGGGCGCCACAGAAGACUCUCACCGUGACGCCGGUCAUAACUGCAAAGACUCUACCUCUCGUGCUGAAAGCUGCCACCUCCACCAUGCCUGCUUCCAUGGCAACACAACGCCCCACAGUCGCCAUGGUCACUGCCAUCAGCAACCCCCCGAGACCCGGCGCCAAUUCCGACUCCCAGAGCACACCAAUCAACCUUCAGGUGGCCAGCAAGCUACCCAAUCAGGACACAGAUGCCGGCACACGGAUUGUGUCCAAGAAUGUUAUUGUCGUGCAGGCCACCACCACCUCUGCCCAGCCUAUCAAAGUUCCCCAGUUUGUCCCUCCUCCUAGAUUGACGCCUCGACCCACCUUUCAGCCACAGGUUCGACCAAAACCCGUCACGCCCAUCAAUGUGCCCAUCGCUCCAGCUCCUCCUCCUCCCAUGGUGGCAGCUCCUCUAAUCCAGCGGCCCCUGAUGCUCACCACGAAGCUGACGUCAUCUUUGCCUGCCUCUGCUGGGCCCAUUCACCAGGUGCACAUUGUGAACGGACAGCAGUGUGCCACCAUUGACAAGACCACGACUGCAGUCACGAGUGGCACCACGCAAGUCACAGGCAUUGUCAUCAGUCCCGCGCAAACACUUCAGAUCAGCAACCUUAACUCAGACUUGAAGACUGUGAAACCACAGGGGGGACCAGAACAGGUGGUCACGAGUACACCACCCUCAUCCUCUCCUCCUCUUCCUCCUCCUCCAGCUAAGGUCAUACGAGAGGAGAGUCCACAGAAACUUGCCUUUAUGGUGUCUCUUGGGUUGGUCACACAUGACCAUCUUGAAGAGAUUCAAAGCAGAAGACAAGAACGUAAGAGGAGAACAACAGCCAACCCAGUGUACAGUGGAGCAGUGUUUGAACCUGAGAGGAAAAAGAGUGCUGUUACUUACUUGAACACUCCACUGCAUCAAGGCACCAGGAAGAGAGGUCGCCCUCCCAAAUACAGCACCACCACCACCACCACCACCAGCAGCACAGCGGUGCCGGAGCUGGGCUGCAACCCCCUGCUCUCCCCCACCAGCAGCCUUCCCGCCUCCCCAGCCCCUGAGCGGCCUGACACAGGGGGCUUUCCCCUCUCUGUCCACCCUCAUUCUGUCCCCCAGCCCAGCCCCAGCUCCGGGGAUGGAGACAUCCAUGAGGAUUUCUGCACUGUGUGCAGACGCAGUGGACAGUUGCUCAUGUGUGACACAUGUUCGCGCGUCUACCACCUCGACUGCUUGGACCCACCCCUCAAAAACAUUCCCAAAGGCAUGUGGAUCUGUCCUAAAUGUCAAGACCAGAUUUUGAAGAAGGAAGAGGCCAUUCCAUGGCCAGGAACCCUAGCAAUCGUCCAUUCCUAUAUCGCUUACAAAGAAGCGAAAGAAGAAGAGAAGCAGAAGCUAAUGAAAUGGAGUGCUGAACUAAAGCUGGAACGAGAGCAACUAGAACAGAGAGUGAAACAGCUCAGCAACUCUAUAACAAAAUGUAUGGAGACCAAGAACAGCAUACUUGCCCGUCAGAAGGAGAUGCAGGCCUCUCUGGACAAGGUAAAACACCUGGUCCGCCUCAUCCAGAGCUUUAACUUGACUCAGCCCAUGGAGAUGGACAUUCUACAGGAUUCCAAACAGGACUGCACAGAGUCAGGGAGCAUCAAAGACUCAAAAGACGCUACGCAAGUGUGUGUUCAAGAGAGUCCCACCGAGCCUAGCGUGCAAGUACCAGCCGUCGUAGCAGUUCCCGAAGUGAAGGCAGAGCCAGAAGUGGGUGAAAUGGCAGAGCCAACGGCCGCAGUCACACCUGAGGCUGCGUCAGGUGAAUCGGGAGUUAGCAUCCCGGAAGUGCCCAAAACCACAGUUGGCGAGGAGAUGAUGGAUACGGCGAAAACGGUGGAGCCUGCGGAAUUGCCUCAGGCCAGGGACGUAGUAAAGACUAAUGGAGGAACGGACUGUGUUUGUACCGGCUUGAACCCGGAAGAAGAGGAGGGUGCUGUCGAUGCCGCAGACUCUGAGAACAUCCCUCCCAGUGACAGCAGUUGCGUAGAGGAUGCUGGGAAGAUGGAAGUGGAGCUGCAGGAAGACGGAAGUCAUGGCGUGAACACCAACAACGGCAAAACCUCAGAACCUUCUCAGCAGGCUUUGCCAGCCCCUCUAAGCAGCGUGGACAACCCCAAAUAGUUUUCAGCCUCACACUAAACACUCUUACAUCACCAAAACAUUUAAACAGAUUUCCUAUUGCACCUUGGACUGGUGCACAAAGUUGCCAAUCUAUACGUAUAUAUAUAUAUAUAUUAUACAUAUAUAUAUUAUCUAUAUCCAAAUAAAUGUUGUCGUUUUUUUAUUUUCUUUCUUUUCUUUUACCUUUUUUUUAAUGGUAAAACUGUGUCAACAGUACUUCUACAUCCAAGGCAAACUAGUCUUGGUUCUUGUAGACCAAUAGAGCCCAAACUUGUGGGUAAAAAGGGUGACUUACGAAAGAGUGUCAUGCCAAUUAUUAGAUUAUUAAAAAAGAAAAAAUAGUAGUUUAAUCAUAUUAAUAAUAAUACUUAUUAUUAUAAUGAUGAUGGUGAUAAAGAUGAUGGAUGAUUUAUCAGAUCAGACCAGUGUGUGCCUCCAGCAUGGGGUUUGUUUCAUAGGUUGUCUUCUCCUCGCGAGGAGAAAGGCAGGGCAGACGUGUCCAAAGACUGCAUGACUAUGCCCACACCCUGUGCACCUCCAGCCAGGCCUGAGUGGACCGGCAAUACCAAAAGCUUCUCUUUCCAAACAUGAUGACAAAAAAAAAAUUGACGCAUCAGUAUUCGCCAGUGACAAGGCAGAGGUUUAGAAUCCUGUGGGUUAGCCUAAAUCAGGACUGCCUAUAGCAACCCCUCUAAUUUCUCUCCUCCACUCUACAUCUUGUCCGCAUUUCCCAGUUAGCUGUAGAAGUGUCCCGUCUCCAAGUCAUCUCAGGCUAAUCAGUGGUAGACCGCAUGGCAAAGCCUCUCAAGAUCUUUGACAAAGGGCUGGAAGAGGAAGCUACACCAGAAGUCACAUCUCGGUAACUGCAACAAAUCAUGCGUGGUAGAUUAGUCUGAAAAGCCGUGUUGGGUUCUGUGUAUUGAAUGAGUCUUGUUCUAAAGUCAGUGUGUGUAUUUGAUGCUGUUUGUGCAUUUUAUUUCGGUUUUGUUUUUUAAGAAAAUAUAUUCAGGUCUUCCUAGUCUUCAUUGAAAAAUAAGUGCUUUUCUGUUUCAUGAAACAGUCGUUUGUUAUCAAUGGUGUUUAAAAAUGGCAUGAAUUAUGCAAGCAGCUUUCUCAAACUCAGAGAUGCACAUUGCAUAAUGAGUGUCUUGUUUUUAUUUGAAUUCCGAACUGCCAAAUGCUUUAGGUUUUGUUUUUGUUUUUUAAAAUCUCGAAAAUAAUGGAAAUAUCCUCAGUGUGUUUAGUCUAGAAUAUAAUGGACUAGUCCAUUCCCAUUUUUCCAAAAUCUUUUUCUUGAAAAAACAAUAAUGACUAAGUCACAAUUUGCUGUCUUAAACUUGAGGGUUUGAUGUAUGAGCCAAAUUAAGUAAUAAGGAAACGACAGAAAACCCUUAAUUAAAGCACAAGCUUUAUUGCAGAUAACAAAGCAAACGCACUAAGAACCUCUUAAGAGAAGAAAUUUUCAAAAGCGCUUAAGUCUGUUGGUUUUUACGCUUGCCAACAUCCUGUAAAACAGUGGAAAGCACUGUUUAUGACAGUCCUCUGUUGUUUUUCGCUGGCUUUUCUUUGUGUUGCAUAGCAUCUUAACCUGUCCCAGGUAGCGUCUUAAGUCUUAAAAGUCUUAAUGCACGGCUGGCACCUUUUGUUACGUUAACGUUAGGCCAUUCCAAAAAAGCAUAUCCCUUUUUGCUUUGUGAUGACAGCCGCUCAGGCUAGGAUUGAACGCAUAUCAAAUUCCACGUAUCCGUUUGUGCUUAUUUUGACUGUAUGUAUACAAUAGUGCAUAUUUGGGGGUUUUCCAAAGAGACGAUGCAUAGCUCAUUCCAGAUGUUUAAACGUGAGGGAGAACCUACCACAAUAUGGAUUCUGUAUUUGAUGAUGUUUACCGUUUUGUUUAAAAUGAUGGAUUUCUUGAUUAGUCAGGAUUUCAUGGCUUUAAAACCCAAUUUGUGAUUCUUAGUGGAUGGGGUCUUGGUUAUAUCAACAAUGUGCUGCAAUUUCCACAAUCUACUGUGAAAAUUCACAUACUUAUCCUUAAUACAUUCCCAUAACGCCCUGUUACCCUUUGAGCCAGGACUGGGUAAUAAUGGAUACACAUUCAUAUCAUGGCAUAACACACCGACAUGAAUAUUUAAGGCCUUCCAGAAGUCACCACUGUCAGUCUAGAGAAUAUUUAAAGAUAAACUACUUUUAAUCCUUCCUGUACAGGUGCCCAGAGUGCCUUCAACCAUACUGAAUUUAAUCUCAUAAACUGGUCAUUUCCCUCUCUGUAAAACGUCACUUGGUUAACCUUGAUUAGAAGCACAUUUGUUGUAAUUUGAUUUGGUUAAAGUGAACUGGUUGUAGUGAUGUGCUUGUGUUGGUCUAGUCCUGUCCGUCUCUAAAUCUAGUUAUCUGCUGUGAAGUUAAAGAGCCCCUCUAGAGUAGGCUGUAUUUUAAGGAGUUGCCUUGAGUUUUUUAAUACUCUGAACAAAAGUAUAUCUUGGCGAUUGCACAAUUGGUCUGUAAAAGGGAGUUGGUUCUCAUAAUGUGUUUCAAAUUAAUUCAUUGGUUUUUCAGAGCACUCUGUGCUACUAAAAUACUAUGUGUGUGAAACUUGGGGAAAAAUGCUUUUUUUGGAUCAACAUUCAUUGGAGGAAAAAAGUUCUGGAAGUUUAGGAAGUCAUUGUUUCCUGUCUUUAUGCACUUUUUAUAGGAAUGUCCUAAGUAUUACUCAGUUUUUUUUUCCAAAAUACGUAAGUGUCUGCUCGUUUUAGGUUGUUUUUUAGUGUACGAUUCAGAAGUUUUUAUUUUUCGUGUAUCAUAAAACAGGACUGUUCAGGCCAGUGACUACUACUUAAUGUCAUAGAUAACACUCUGCUCUUAAAACAACUUGCACCCUUUCUUAUUCGCGUCAUUUCCUUCAUCUCUCCUUCGGUCACUGAGUUAGAGUACUGGACUUGUACCUGAAUCAGGUAUUUAGAUUUCAGCCUUGACUAUUAGCGAGGCUGAACGGAUCAAAGAAAACCUGCAAUCUGAUUGGAUAGACUCAAACCCCCAGAACACCAACCUGUCCAAUCAGUUCAACAAAAAAGCAUGCCUUCUUAUGCAAAUUUUUUAUAUGAGUUUUGUCAGACUUUUUUAAUAUGCAUUUACUUUUGAGUUUAUUUUGUAAAGAUUUUUAUGUGAACUUUGUGUCACUUUCCUUUUUACAUGUCUGGCGAAGAUGAUGCCAAAACGAAACAGUAUACAUAUGUACAUCUCUUACAUACACUUGCAUUUUUUUUGUUGUUGUUGUUUAAAUUAUGAACAAUAUACACUUUUCACAAUGGAAUCUGUAGAAAAUAGUUCAUUCAUGUACAGUUACAGAUGGGAAAUAUUUGCUGGCCACAAUUCUAGGCUCUUUGGAACACGGAAAUGUGGUGUUUCGGCUGUGUAUGAAUCUCAUGGACCGUUACUUUCAUUCAAGUCUGCCUUUGCUAGCACACCAUGUUGAAUGUUAUUGUUAUCUUGGGGUGCGGGUGGGGAGGGUUACCAGUGGUUGUGAGAAGAUAUUUAUGGUCUUACAUGGCUUAUCUUGCAGAGUGCAUGUAAUUUUGUGGGUGGGGCCUUUAGAAGAAAGGGGAGGGAACUUCUGAAAGCCACGCAUUUAAAGCAUUCAAGUUCUUAAGUCAGUAUACCCAAAGAGACUGCAAACAUUUUGCUGUUAGGAAGCCUUUUUAUAUGCAUUCGAGAUACAUAUCAUUAAAAGUUUUUUUUUUUUUUUCCCAUCACGAUUGAUUUCUGCUCUAGCUUACAGUGUGGGGAAACGCUUUCUGCCAGCUUUCUAAGUUGUCUGUAUUGCUCUGCAGUUUUGGUUUUAGAACUUUUAAAAAAGGCAAAAGGUUGAGGUGUACAUUUUAUGCAUAAAAUCGAUACAUUUUCAGACCCAUUCCAGCUGUUCAUCCUGUCACCUUGAUCUUAAUAGUGUGUAGAUCAUCCAUAUUCUUUACGGUGCGUUAUAAUUCCACAGUGACAAUGAAGUCAUUGUAGUUUCAAUGUAGUUUCUGUUCACUUUUCAUACUAUUUACUCAGUCAUGAUUGUGGCCUUCUUGUACUGUUGAUGCAUUUCAUUUCUGUUGUCGUGACUUUCCUGGUGUUGUGCACUGUGUGUGAGCGAGAGCGUGUUUGUUUGAGCAGGUGUGUGUGAGCGUUACCUCAUCUACAGUCGACUGUCCAAUCGGAAAACAUUUUUGUUUACGCGUGCAAAAAAAGAAAAAUUACAAAAAAAAAAUCUAAAAAAAAAUCUUCCACUUGAUGAAACACAAAACAGGAUACAUUGUAGCGACAUGAGUUAUUUAAAAAAAAAAAAAAAAAAAAGAGAAAAAGUUCACCUGGUGUGCUGAACUAAGUGUAAAUGGUUUAUUACACAAUAUGAAUAUUUGUAAAAUUGUUUGUAUUUUUUCAUAAUGAUUUUAAAAAGGAGUGUGUUUAUUUUUUGACUUUUUUCUGUUACAGAGCUCUCUCUCCCUCUCUUUCUCUCUCUCUCUGGUCUUUUUUCUCCUCGUUUGUUCGCCUGACAUUGUGAGUGAGUCAGUUGGUUCUUACCUCUCCUGUAUUGAGCCUGUGAUGAGUCCUUUGUAUGCAGUGUUUUGAAAAUACUGUAGGGAACAUGGGAAGAAAUUGAUAUUAGGAGCAUUUGAUCAAUUUGUAUUUAUUUAUUUUAUCAUUUUGUUAAUAAAUUGACAAAGAAUA